AUGAAGGAAAAGUGUGUAGGAGAUGUCAGUCGAGAUUCGUGCAUUAGAUGCAUUGAGCUGGGCAGGGAGUGCACCAGAAAACGUCCCAUUCAAAAGGCCGGUCGAAAGCCGCGCCAACCGGUCCUUCUGGAUCCGUGUACUCGCAUGCCAAAAGAGAGAGACGGUGCUUUAGCUGAAACGGAGCGUUUGAGAAAAGAAAAGGCACCUUCUGCGCAGCUAGUCUUACAAUGGAAAGCUGAUUCACCCACUCCAUUCGAAGAACAGCUCCUUCGAAUGUUGCAGUCCGAGCAAUCGGACGAGCUUAAAAAGUUCGCGAGGCUGCUUGUGAUCGGACCAAAUUUUGAAGAAAAGCUGAGCAAUGAGAUAAGAGCCAUGGCAAAUUGGGAAUUCGAAGGGAGCCUUGACGGUUAUCUGGCCUGCAUGGGUGCUCUGGCCCUGAAUCUUGGGAUCAUGCCUGGCGGAGAUGCUGAAUCGAACAUACGUCGUGGCGCUCUUGCAGUCUCAAAACUUCGCACAGCUCCUGGACCGAAAUUUGAGGAAUUGGAAAACUGGAUAGUUUUUGGGCUGGCCAUUGUUACGUUCGCGAUGACCGCCUUGGGAACCCCGGCAUCCACAGUCCGCCGUCAUGUGCUCAAAGACGUUGCGUCUCUUACAAGUAUUCCUGACCACCUUCAAAAUUCAGAUUCCCUGAUGUGUCUUGUGGCAUUCGAGACGUGGGAAUGUCUCAUGAAGCGCUCUAUUCCCGUGCUUAGGCUCGAAAUGACAGAGAAAUCGCACGUUAGCCGCCUAUUCGGCAUCUCUGGGGGGAUCUUCCCAUAUCUCUACGACAUCUGUGAGCUCAGCCAUACGCUUGCGGUGGGCAAUGAAAACGAGCGAAAGAUUAUUUUGACAUCACUAGAAAAAGUCGAGGAGGAAGUUGAAUUAUGGCAGCCUGCAACGCCACAAGACCUUAUCGUCAGAUUUUCCACCGUUGAGAUUGUACAUAUGCUAUGUCAAGCCGAAGUUCACAAGGUAUCGACACUUUUGUUCAUACACAGGUUGCGAUGGCCUUUCGGUGUGGAGGACGGCCUAGCGAGACGAAUGGCACGCAAAAUUACCAACGAGCUCGAACGAUCGUAUCUCAUUACACAUGAUCGAGUUCGCUGCGUAUCAUUUCCGUUCUUCAUAGCGGGCAUUGAAGCUCAGGGCAAGGAAGAACGAGACUGUGUUCUAGCACUGGUCAAGGAUUACAUAGAUCCUACAACACCAAUAAUUCAAGAGCAGAUCAAAAGGUUGCUCUCUUCCAUAUGGCAGAUUCGGGAUGUGUCUACGGGUUAUCACUGGCUAGAUCUACUGUCUCAUCUUCCGGAAGCUAUAAUUCCAACGUAG